GUGAGGGGCCGGCACAGGCUCCGCGACAGCCUCGGCCAUUUGUGAGUGGCUUGGUGCGGGGCCGGGGACCGCGGGCAGCGCAGCCCCCACGGGCCACCAGCACCCCGCACCCCCGGGGCGCCGCCGCCGCCGCCCCCGAGCCGGCACCGGCCCUCAGGGGCCGCCCGCGCCGCGCCGCCCGCGCCGCCAUCUUCAACGGCCCCGCCGCCCUCACACAGGACCAAUUGUUGGAAUCUGGGGCUACAUAAACACCAGAUAUUAUUGAAAUAUACAUAAGAAGCUGUCAUAGGAUGGAGAUAUUUUUGCAGAGGCCUGAGUGGCUUGGGUGAAUGGAAGGAAUAAGGGGCUCUUUGGAUACUGCAACUUUAUUGUUGAUGUAAGAAGCAUGGUGAAGCCAGUGAUCAAAGUCACUGCACACACCAAGACAUCACAAGCAUAGCUUGCAAGUGUCUUUACUGAUUGAGAAGCUAAAAUUAUUUUCUGCCUAUGAAAGCUGGAAAAAUGUUCAGAAACCAUUAUCAGGGGGGCCGGUUUGUUGAAAUAUUCAGUGCUCAAGGCAAGAACCCGGGAGCAAAAUGGAAGAUUUUUGGCAACCCAUCAGCUAUAUCAAAAGAAUACGACAAAGAACUGAAAGGCUUUGUUUUUGUACUUGAAGGAAACAGUCUAAUCAACAAAAUGAAGCUACCAAGGGAAACCAAACAAACUUUGGGACUGGUGCAGCAAUUUCUGACACUUCAGAUUUUUGUGCCAUUGGGAAAAGACUUCUCCACUGAGUUACUGAUAACUGAUUUUGACAAUAUUAAAAGAAGAUUGUAUUUGUCAACAGUCCACAAGGAGUUGUCUGUAACCCCUCUGCAUGCCAAAAUUCCUCUGUUUAUGAUCAAGCGCAAAAUAUGGUGCAAUAUGUGUAUUGACUUGGUAACGUUUACCUAUGAAAUAUUCAGAGGAGCUCUCUUCCAGUCCUUGGAUGGAAUUACUAUUUCAGCCAACUGUAAGCUAAGAAAGGUCUUCACUUUAAAAUUCAAGCCUCAAGUUACAGCUGAGGAAGAUGGUGUGUUUUAA